AUGCUCCUCCAGGCGCCGCCCCAGCGCCGGAGCCUAGGUGUGAAACGCUGCCGAACGUGCCAGGAGCGUAGCGCGCGCCGGCUCUCUAGUGGGGACGCUAGCCGAGCAACGAGCGCGUCGCGGUUGUCUCGUCGCGUGAGCCGCGACUCGUCGCGUACGCCGCCGCCGUCGCUUCGCACCUCGGUCUCAAGCUCGGACACAGACACGGACACGGACACGGACGACACGGCCGUGAGUCGCGACGACAGCCGCCUCACGCUCGGCCGCCGGAGCGAAGAGCAGCAGCAGCACAUACCCGGCUCUGAGGACCAGUCGACCUCGGCCUGGCGCAAGGUCGCCACCGUGCUCGUGCACGAUCUGCCCGCCUUUGUGUGUGCACUUGUCGUCGUCAUGACCUGCGGCGGGGUCAACCCGUCCGCGUUGACGCUGUAG